AUGUUUAAUGAGUACUUAGAAUCUUUAGCAUCUUCACAAUUCACAAUAGAGGAAGAGGUUGAGUUCAAAUUCAUUAUGUAUAUGCCAGCAAUCACUCCUAUGGGGAAUGAAAGACAUCGUCGAUCCAAAAAAUCUUUGAAUAUAACACUCUAUGUCAUACGUGUCUUCAUUUCAUAUGACUUUGAUGGAAAGUUGUUUCCACGAUACCUAAGUUUUGUGACAGGUGUUGCCGACUCCAAUUAUCUUCCUUUGAAUGUAUCACGUGAAAUCCUCCAAGAAAGCCAUGUUGUUUUGUCAUUUUGAUUGAGCAUAUGUGGCUGUCUGUGUGUUCAUGGUGGUUCAAAUCUAAGUUGUGCGACUAUAUUUAUUAUUAAUAUUCAGUAUUGAUGAUUAGACAACCUUAUAGAAGAAUUUCGAUCAUGUAAUAUAUCUAAAAAAUUGAUGUAACCAUUAAAUUUAUAUUUAC